ACAAGGUAUGCGGUACAAGGGGGUAGAUAAAGGUUCAGAUCACGUGGGUAGAUGGGUAGGUGUACAGGGUCACUCGUUGUAGGUAACACCCCAGACUGGGACAGAAGACAGACACCAUGUCAUCCUUACAGUCAGCCACAGAGGCAGAGAUGGACAAAACCGGGAUCUACGUCGUAUCCCACAAACCCCUGGACUCCGACACAGGAGUCAGAAAGAGAGACGACCCAGUAGUGUACGACAAUCCGAGCUUCACCCACGACAACGGUGUCAAAAUCAAAAACGAACCCACGACCUAUGACCGACCGACCGGCCUUUCGGACGCGCCCUACCGGGGCAUGGGCAAGGAGGAUCUUCUCCGCCAUUCUUCCAAGCCGCUAUGGCGCCGCCUGAGGUACGUCUGCAUGUCUAUCAUCCUGCUGGGGUGGCUUGCACUCAUCAUCACCGUGGUAGUCCUCGUCCUCCUCUACCCGCGGUGUCGCGCACCCCGACAGCGUGAGUGGUGGCAGAAGACCGUAGUGUACAGAAUCUACGUCCCUAGCUUUCAGGACUCCGAUGGUGACGGUAUUGGGGACCUCAACGGGAUCGCCAAACGGCUGGACUACCUGACGGAACUGGGGGUCGGGACCAUCUCCUUGUCUCCCAUCUUCAAAAAGCCGACAGACGCGUCAACCGACUUUGACGUCACAGACCACAAAAACAUUUAUGAUAAAUAUGGGACACUAAGCGACUUCGAGAGUCUUCUGAACGAGACACAUGCCAGAGGCAUGCAGCUGACCCUGGACUUCAUCCCCAACCUGACCAGCGACCAGCACCCCUGGUUCAAGGAGAGCAGGAACGCCUCCAGCCCCAAACGCAACUUCUACGUAUGGGAGGCGACGGCGCCCAACAACUGGAAAUCUGUAUAUGGUAAUUCGUCCUGGACAAACGAUUCAACUCGAGGCGAGUACUAUCUUCACCAGCUACGUAAAGAUCAACCUGACCUCAACCUUAGAAGCUCAGAGGUCAAGGUGGAACUUCAGGCAAUCCUGCAAUUCUGGCUCGAGAAGGGAGUGGAUGGGUUCUACAUCCGAGACAGUGGCUAUUUGUACGAGGACUAUGACUUGCGGGAUGAAGCACCUUCCUCCGCCAACCUCACACAGGACUCGAACGACUAUGACUACUACAAUCACACCUACACAUACGGCCUGCGUGAAAUCAACGACAUGCUCGCCAGGUGGCGCUACUUCUUGGAAGACUUUGGGAACAAGACCAACAAAUACAGAAUGCUGUUCGCGGAUAUUGAGGGCGGAACUGAUUUGACGAUGAGUUACUAUGGUUACUUCAACCGUGACGGUGUAAAUUUCCCCCUGAACCGGUUCUGCCUCGAGCUGAAAACGGGCGAUGAUGGAAACGUCGUGUCUGGAGUGGCCAGGCGCUGGCUGGACAAUCUUCCGCCCGGACGCUGGGCCAACUGGAUGGGUGGCGAUGAAAAUGUGAAUCGUAUCGCAGGCCGACUUGGCGGGAACAUGACGCGAGCAUUUCUCGUGCUGUCAAUGCUGUUGCCAGGGACGCCAUUUUAUUACUAUGGCGACGAGAUCGGUAUGGUGAAUUCAAAUGAAGCGCCCGACAAUGCGUGGGGUCAGAAGCAGCGAAUGAGAGCUCCAAUGAGGUGGGACAAUUCUACAUACGGGGGCUUCUUGAACGAAUCUCAAUGCAAAGAACCGUGCAAGCCGUGGAUGAAGGUCAAUGACUUCACGGGACAGAAUGCAGUCGAGAUACAGAAAACGAGCAAGUCGUCGUUGAUGCACUUGUUCAAGAAUCUGACGAAGCUGCGAAACCAGGCGUCGUUCGAAUACGGAGACUAUGUCCGCUCCGUCGACGACAGCAGCGUGGUGUCAUUCGUCAGAGAGUACGAUGGAGAGAAAGGAUUUCUGGUCGCCAUUAACUUCGGCAGCGGCAAAGAAACACGAAAAUACAAGGGCACCCACUACACAAUUCCGGAAGAAGCCGAUGUUGAGCUGACGACAGAAAACGGUGUUAAGCUGCAAGUCGGCAACACUGCUUCUUUAACCAGUCUCGAACUCGGUCCAUAUCAGGGCGUGGUCCUAUCUUGGGAGUACGUCGCAAAGGAACUAUAGUGUUCCACAAAGUUCCGCAAUACAGAAAGCAUAAUGACAGUGUAUUAACCAGAAAACAAAGAGGACAGCUGUAUCCCACUGUACGCCUUCGCUAAGCAGUGCGUAAUAUAUAUCAACCUACUGGCACGCAAUAUAUUUUAAAGGUUGAAUGUUGUAUUCACAAUAUAUUACGAAGAACUAUUUACUUGGUUCACACAUGGAAAUACGUCCCGGCAAUAAGUCAUAUGGCAAUAAGGCUAUAAGAUGAAAAACGUUUCAACAAUUAACACAAGACUAAACAUAAUGUCAUACGUUGUAAAUGAGAAAGGAAUAUAAAAAGAAACCUUACAGAAAGAAAGGUAACAUUUUUAGGUAAAAAUAGUUAUCAAAGUUAAGGAACACAAAUACAUUAGUUUUUUACAUUUAGUUUGCCCCUCAAGAUUUAUGUGAUCUCAGAUAUAUAUGUCUCGGGCGAAAUCCUUUUGUAUGAUGACAUCACUGUCAAUUUGAUAAAAAUGUACUCUAUUAUUUUGAUAAAUAAAGAAUGGCAUUUUGACGCAAAACACAUAUUU